GGAAACUGCAGAGUUAUGAACAGCAGAAGUUCGAGUUCGUCUUGUCGAAUAAUUAACCUGCAGCUGCAGCUCUCUCUGCUCACACCUCUCGAGAUAAUCCAAUCCAGCUCAAUCUCCGCCGCCGCCGCCGCCGCGACAUGCCAGUUUUCAAGACGCCGUUCAACGGCUACUCCGUCAAAUUCAGCCCAUUCUACGAGAACCAGGUCGCAGUCGCCACCGCCCAGAAUUUCGGCAUACUCGGCAACGGCCGGGUCCACGUGCUCCAGCUCGGACCCGCUAUCACAGAGCGCGCCGCCUUCGACACAGCCGACGGAGUCUACGAUGUCUGCUGGUCGGAAUCGCACGAUUCGCUCAUCGUCGCCGCCGUGGCUGAUGGCUCGCUGAAGAUCUACGAUUUGUCGCUGCCGGCGGCAGCCAAUCCGAUCCGAUCGCUCCACGAGCACGCUCGCGAAUGCCACGGCGUCGAUUUCAACACCGUCAGGAAGGACUCGUUUUUGAGCGCAUCGUGGGAUGACACCGUGAAAUUGUGGACCGUGGAUCGGCCGGCGAGCGUGCGGACUUUCAAGGAGCACGCUUAUUGUGUCUACGCCGCCGCGUGGAACCCUAGACACGCCGAUAUCUUCGCUUCCGCUUCCGGUGAUUGUACCACUCGCAUUUGGGAUGUGCGCGAACCAGGUUCUACCAUGAUUCUUCCUGCACACGAAUUCGAAAUCCUGGCGUGUGACUGGAAUAAAUACGAUGAUUGCAUCAUCGCAACUGCAUCAGUGGAUAAAUCCAUAAAAGUUUGGGAUGUGAGGAAUUACAGAGUGCCUCUGGCUGUGCUAAACGGGCAUGGUUAUGCGGUGAGGAAGGUGAAGUUCUCUCCCCACAGGGGGAGCAUGUUAGCAUCUUGCUCGUACGAUAUGAGCGUGUGUUUAUGGGAUUAUAUGGUCGAGGAUGCACUCAUUGGGAGGUACGACCACCACACGGAGUUUGCAGUUGGUGUUGAUAUGAGCGUGCUUGUCGAGGGGCUCUUGGCGAGCACUGGCUGGGACGAGCUUGUCUACGUUUGGCAACAUGGAACGGACCCUAGGGCGCCGUGACACGAGGUGUGCUUUCCUUGUUCUUCCCUCCCCAAUGUAUAAAGAAACAGAUUACAUUUACAGGGUCUCAUCUUCAUUGUUGUACUUGUUCUUUAUGAAUGUGGUAUGAUGGUUGACAACAGCUCUAAAAAAUUCUGACUGUUGAAUAAUGCAGCGGCCAACAAGUUCAAAUGUAUGAAUUCCAGCCAUACUUGAAGGGAAUAUGUUACCCCUUUGAUAGUUUUUUGUUGAAUAGGGUUUCAUGGUGAAAUGAAAUUUAAUCGGCUCCAAAGGAGCUGUGUUUUCGUGUU